UCGCCUGAUGUGCAUGCCCCGCUGCUUCACUGGUGAGCUGUCAAAGGUAUCGUGAUUGCGUGAUUUGUACGACGAGCGAGAAGGGAAGUAAGCACCCAGCAGAUGAACAGAAAUUUUGACCGUGAAUGAGCGCUUUUCCGCGAGUCUAGAAUCAAGUGGUGGUCGCAGAAAAAGACAAGUUAAACAGUGAUUUUCGUUUGCCGGAUUGUUGAUUUUUGUGUGGAUUAUUGGAGAAGAUUAUCCCCACGGAAGGGGGUGAGAGUGGGAGAUUGGCUUUCUAUCCCCGGGUGUUGACGGUAGAGCGAGUUCCGUGUCGCUGAGGUGAUUCAGUGGUGAAAUUUGAUUCGAGGUCAGGAAGAGGAGAAACGGAAAAAAGUUGGCGUUAAAGAGGCUAAAAUAAAGCCGUGGUAUGACAACAUUCGUUCCAUGCUUUGUGUAUUGUGUCUGAAGAGCCACUAUAGUGAGAAUUUGUGAUAAAGGAAGCAGAAACGGAGAAAUUCGUUGCGUAAAGCCGGAAGUGUUUGCGUGUGCGAAAAUUCACGAUGAAGUUCUACAAACAAAAGCUGCUGCAGCCGGCGCAGCUGAAAAAGCUCGGCGACCACAAGUAUUCCUGUUCCAACGUGAGCAUGUUGGAUCCGUUCCUGCAGCCUUGGUGGUGCUGGCUGGUCGGAAAGGUCCCACUCUGGCUGGCCCCGAAUCUGAUCACCAUAGUUGGGCUGAUUAUCAACAUCGUUACCACACUCAUACUGAUCUACUUCAGUCCAAAUGGCCGCGAGGAGCCACCACGGUGGGCCUGUGCUCUGUGCGCCCUCGGACUAUUCAUCUACCAAAGUCUGGACGCCAUCGACGGGAAGCAGGCCCGUCGAACGAAUUCCUCAACGCCACUCGGAGAACUGUUCGAUCACGGCUGUGACUCGAUAUCGACCGUCUUCGUGGCCCUUUCUGCGUGCGUUUCCGUUCAGCUCGGAUACUAUCCCCGGUGGAUGUUCUUCCAGUGUUUCUGUGCGAUGACCCUGUUCUACUGUGCCCACUGGCAGACGUACGUCUCGGGUACCCUGCGGUUCGGUAAGAUCGACGUGACGGAGGCGCAGUGCACCAUCAUCGGAAUCCAUCUGAUAUCGGCCGUGUUCGGGCCGUCGAUCUGGAUGACGAAAAUGCCGGUAAUUGGCAGCACGUGGAACUACACGGUGUGCGCAAUAUUCUCGCUCGGCUAUCUGCAAGUUUUUAUCACUUUCUGCCGGGCGUUCCGGGAAGGUGGCGUCGGUAAAAAUGGCUCGACCGUUGCUCUUCCGAUAGUGGGCGGCGUCGACAUUAAGAUAGUGCCACUCUAUUUCGCUGUGUUUGUGUAUGGGCUGUUAGCGUAUGAGAACGCGUCCGUGAUUUUCACGGGAGGCGUGGGCAAGAAUGGAUCAACAGUUGCCGGAACCAGCGUGCUAUCGCCCAUCAUACCGUUCCUGUUCGUCGUAGUGCCGGCGUACGUCAUCUCCCAGAAAUCCCCGGAUCGCAUCUACGAGAACUAUCCCGCGCUGUACAUCAUGGCGUUCGGAAUGAUCACGGCCAAGGUGACCAAUCGAUUAGUGGUUGCCCACAUGACCAGAAGUGAGAUGGAGUAUCUGGACUGGGGUCUGAUCGGACCGCUGUGCCUCUUCCUGAAUCAAUACUUUAACUGUUUCCUGCCGGAGUACUAUGUGCUCGUGUUCGCGAUGCUCUGGUGCUGUGUGGAUCUGAUUCGGUACUGUGGUCAGGUGUGCCUGGAGAUCUGCACCUACCUGAAGAUCGAACUGUUCCGCAUCCCGUAUCCGCCGAAGCCACAAAUGACAUCUCAAGGUACGAAUCCUCCCCACCAUCACGAAAGUAAGAACGGUAUGCAUAUCAUCCAACAGCAGCAGCAGCAUCAUCAGAAUCAGCAGUCGCAACAGCAGCAGCAUCAUCAGGCAAAUCGAAAGCCACAGGGUCGCACUGGCAGUAGAAAACAUAAUGCGCAUCAAUAACGAGUUUUGUUGUAGUUGCUUUCGAAUCCGGAUGUAGAGCCGCCUGUCUGCCGCGAGUUUAUGAUUUUGUUGUUUUCCCGGGCUUUUGAAGAGUAGGGAGGGUUCAGGGUGGACAGCAGUUGGGGGUGGGAAAUCAGUGCAAACAGUUCGAUAAAUCAGGACACUAACGGAAUGUUAUUCCGAAAAUCGGCAGAUAUUGAAUGAAUUAAACAUGCAAAAAUAUUUCCAUAGUAAAGUGUUGAAGAUUAAAUCCUAUAGAGAAGAAUGAGGCUACGGUAAUUAGCAUAUUCGGGGUGUAAAAUAUUGAUACAAAUUGCGCGGAAAGUUAAGGGAUGCGAGAAUUUCUAAAAAUGGAAUCAAUGGAGAGAUCUCCCGGGCAGCCAAUUUGCUAAGCUUUAAAGUAGAAUUUUUUUUAGUGUUCAAUUACACAAUACUAGCUCAAGAACAGUUAGUUCAGGAUUUUUCAAUGAGUCGAUUAUCGCAAAACAAAAUACAUAUGUGGCAGGAGAAAAGGUUAUGAGAGAUUCUAUUUCGGACACCGAAUAUGUGUUUUAAUUUGAUUCGGUGGAACAUGAAUUCAUCCCUAUGUGAUCGCAAAUUUAUAUAUGUUUGUGUCUAAUGCUUCUAAUGUGUCUAAUAUUUUUGUACAAACAGUAGGAAACGAUACAAUUUAAUGAAAUAUGCGCGAUAUUUUUCUAGGGGAGGGGGGUUUCAAUGGCGUUCGAUUAUUGUGUUAAUUUUUUGGUUCAGUAUUUUUAUCCUGAUGGAAUAAUUGUAUUGCUGUAUGCUUCCCGCUUUCCAAGAUAUUCUUUUUCAUUACGCUGGCUCAAAAAAGGUUCACCCAACGCAUAGUCAAUUCGAUUUUGAAUCCUAGUUUUUUAAGAAUUACAAACGUAAUACACGAAGCACAUUACACAUUUUGGCUUCUUAUACACGUUCAUAUAUCAAUUUGUUAUCUUUAUUUAUAUUAAGUUUUUUUAUGCUGAAACUAAGGUAAACAAUUGCAAACAAGUAGCGCAGGAAGGAAACCGUUGAUAAAGUUUUAUUUAUCACCGCUUUUCACCAAGUGUUCUUUGCAAUUCAUAAACCAAAAGACAAUGAUUACCAAUGGAUUCGGAGAUGUUUAAGUGGGCCAAUCGUUCCCUAGCCGUGUUGCGUUUCGUAUAACUUAAUACGCAUCUUUUCAAUAAGUUGACAGGAAUACUAUUUGGUUUUUGUCUGAGUGAGGGAUGGUUUGCUCAAUUACCAUUAGCAAUCGAUUCUAGUUUUGGUUCAAGCUUGAUUCAGCUGAAAUGGAAGGUAAAAUUUGGGACGAACAAAAGGAGGGAAGCCGGCUGCAAAUCCGAUUUGCUGUUGUAGAAUGUUAAUUAUUGCGAUAAAUAGAGUGAUGUUCAGUGAGGAUGAAGUUGUGUUUUUUAUUUCUAAUACAAAAUGCAGAAUUUUAUUUUAGGGUACGUGAGAGUUUGUUAAAAUGAACAUCGCAUGUUUCUUUUAGAGAACUGAAAUUGACGAAUUUCGUGCAAACUAGUCUCAGAUAGCAGUGAAACGUUGUGGGUGUAAAGAUAUUGGUCAUUUGAAUAACCUUGCAUACUAAUAAUCUUCAAAAAAGAGUUAGACUACUUUUUGAAAAGGCCAAAGUUUUUUUUCCUAAUUUUUUACAAAAAAAUUUUUUUUUGUAAAAAUUUUUUUAUUUUUUAAAACAUAUUUUUUGAAAAAAAUAAACUGUUUCAAUGAUUUUUUAAAUUUGUUUGAUAUUUUUGCUUGAAAAAAUUGAAAAAAAAUCCUACAUUUAAUUUUCGAAGAAAAGUAGAAAAACCUCAAAAUUUCAUAAUUUUUUUAUUUCUAUAAGACCUACAAAAUGUUAGUUAAAGAAUGGAAUGUAGGAAAUUAUUUAUGGUUCUAUGAAAAAACAUCGAUCAAACUAAAUAAAAAUUUAAAAACAUGUUUUUCCUGAAUUCUGUAAAAAAUAUUUAAAAAUAAAACCCAUACAAUCACCACCAAGUCAUACUACCUUGAUAAAAAAGUUCCCGGAAUCACCACCAUGUGUCGCUCUCAGCCACCUGUUUUAAUCUUUUUUGUAGGUUGGCACAUCUGUCAUUGACGUUCUAUAAAAUUUGUAGUGAGAUAGUUUAACAUUUCUAAAAGUUACGCUGUAUUGAGUACAUCUGCGGGCCUCGAUUUUGUACGAUUUGCAAAAUUUGCAAAACCGAUCGUUAUUCGUAAACAUUUGGCUAAAAAUCAAACGAAUACUAUUCAGCAAUCACCGUAUUCACCUGAUUUGGCUCCCUGUGACUUUUUCCUAUUCGGACGAAUCGAGAAACCACGUUUCAGCACCCGAGAUGAGAUAAUGGAAAAAUCGAUGAUGGCUCUGAUGGCCAUACCGCAAAUCGAAUAUAAUAAAUUUUAGAAUAUAGGCCACUGUUCGAUGGUGCACAUGAUUCAUGGCCCAUGUGGCAAUCUGAAGCUUAUACCGCCUUGCAUGUCGUAUGGAAAAUAAACAAAGCUUUUGAUCGUUUAGAAGAUAUAGUCCUAACUUAACUGUUUUUAUAUAAAGCUCCUUGAAUUUGUAUCAAAACGUUAUCCAUAUUAUAAAAUCAUUAUCGGAGACAAUCUUCGUUCAAGAGAAUUGUGUUUCUCUGUCACACAGAACACAUAUUAGAGUCUAUUUUAAUUUGUUUCGGUAGAGCCAAUUUUGAUGUAUAAUUUUCGUUUGAAAACCGUAUUCGUUUCAUCUGAAAAUCUAUUACUUUUUUCGCUUCGCAUAAAUGGAACACGAAACUCAAUAUCGUCUAUGUCGAAUUGUGUUGCAAGGUUGCCACAUUUGCACAACUCGAUUGGCUUGAGUUGAACGGUUUAUAUAAUGCAAAAUUGCAAUCCGUUCAGGUUAUUCUGACGAAAGAUGGAGAGCAUUGUAUGAAUGGUGUGUGUCGACAUUGAACUCCAAAUUAUUGUUUCUUCUUCGAAUCACAAUUUCCCGCGGCGCUGUGCAGUCGCCUAUCAAGAUUCCAGGAAUGUCCUAAACAACGUGCGCAUAGGAUCCACACAUGUGCUACCUAGCUUGUGUUUUAUGAGGAUUGAUGAGAAUAGCUUGAUUGCCAUUUUACAAUCCGAGCAUGUGUGAUUCGAAGAAUUUCAAUAAUUCAUUGUGGUCAUUCGAAAAGGCUUCUCCGGCAAUGCGCCUGCCUUUGGGUGCAUGUGUGGAUAAAGUUUGAUGAUGUUCGGCACUACGUCCACUACGUCAUUCAACAACGUAAAUAAAUUCGUUUUAUUUGAAAAACGAGCGACGGUUGAAUUAUUUGGAUAUUGUUUACACAAAAAUACUAAAAUCGCGAUUAAAAAUAGGGGAUGGGAAUACAAGUUUGGAAUUCUUUACAUUUUUUGAAGCCACAUUUAAGAAAAAAUGCGAAAAAAAAUAUUCAGAAAAAUUAUUCUCUCUCUGCAUAGGACCACUCUAAUCGGUAUUAAUUAAUUUCAUAAACAUUCCAUUUUUCUAUAGAAAAUCACACAAAAAAAUCCACACAUGAGGAACCACAAAAACGCACAAACAAAACAAAAAACUGGGUGGGUCACACCUAAGAUAUAACCGCAAGGUUGACGUAGGACAACCGUUGGCUUAGUAAUCAUUUGAGUGUAUUGAUUAAAUUGUUAAUUAAAUCAGUCAUUGAAUGAAACAAUUUCCGAAUUCAAUUUCGAACAAAUCCCAAUUUAGGUCAAUUCAUGCAUUGUGGUGGAUCAAGUUCUCCGUUGGUAGUCUUACGUAUGGCAUGAUGCCGUGGACUUCCAAAAUAUGUGAACGGAAGGAUGGCUAAACGAUCAAUGCAUUUUACAUCUUUCUCUGAAAUUUUUGCUGACAUACAUGCAAGCGGGUACAAAAGUACCCGCACCUUGCAUCUAUUUCGACAUGACGAUUUCCUCUGGCUCAUGGGUUGCGAAAACUGUGUUGGGGAAACUCAUGCCGGUCUGCAGAAAUGCAUGCGGAUACAGUAAAAAAUUUCCCCAUGAGUUUGUGGGUUAGAAGCGCAUGUAUAUGUGGGAAAGCGUAUGUAUACGUGUGAGUGCCAUCACUCCUUGUAAUCUCCGAACGUACAACCCAUGAAAACGAAAGAUACGAAUCGUUUAUUCUGAUAGUACGCAUAGCAUUUUGAACUUUUGGUACGAUUUGCGAUUAAGUGCUCCUCUAAUUUACCCCAAAUUUUGACUAAAUUUGGCUAAAGAAAACGGCUGAACGUAUCAAUAUAAAACGCUGUUUUGCGGAUGCACUAGGCUAAAAAUUUUCCUUCGAAGAUUUGAUCUUACUGCAAUAUUUGCAAAAUUACGGAUGUUUCACUAAAACACUACAAAACACUUGUUUUUGGCAAUUUUUUGAAAUCGAUUCGAAAAAUUUAAAUAAUUUUUCUUUCUGCAAAGCAAUAAAUUAACUUUGUACACAAUUUAUUUGUGUUUUUUAAACUAAUCAUUGUUUAUUGAAUUAUUCAUCAUCAAAAAUGAAGGAGUAAUUUUUCAUUCAAACAAAAAUAUCUCUGUAUGGAGAGGUCCUAUAUGGUCUACACGUUUUAGGAACCAAAUUAAAGACGGUUGAUAAGAUUAAUUGAAUUUGCGGUUAAGUUGGUUGGCAAAAAAUUAUGUUAGUUCAUAAAAUCUUCAAGAAAACAGAACGAAAUUGAUUUUUUUAUUUCUUCCCAAUACUUUUGUCCACUACAUCUACAGGUUUACACUUUUGAAUGAUGUAUAUAUCAUUAUCUAAAUAUAAUGCUUCAAAAGCAUAUUUGCGACUUCCAAAAUCAGUGAAAAAAAACCGCAUGAUGCGGUACGAUUUCGAGUUUGAGUCACUGUAUAUAGAUGUUCUGCAAAUUUUCUUCUAUUUGGAAACAUGUCAAGAACAUGUUAAACAAAAUUAAGAUUAGUUGUAACUUUUUCAAAGAAAAUAUGAAACAUUUGUUGUUAGAAAAGCUUUUUGCCUGUAAAAGUGACCAUCUUCCGAUGUAUGGCUGACUUGUUGGAAAUUCAAAGGGCUAUUCAUAUUUUUUUGGGAUUUAAAAAAAACCACUAUUUUGAGAAAAACGAAUUUGAAUUUUUCUUUUUUUUCUUAGCGUAAUUAAAAAAAAACAUUUUUUUUAUUAUCAUUAAAUUUUAAAAAUUAAAAUUUCAACUAUUUCCUACAUUUCAUGCUUUGAGCAGAGAUUUGUAAUUAUUAUAGUUUGUUAGAUACAGUUUUUUGUAAAAAAUCAAGAAAAAAAAUUAUAGGGGGUUGCAUCCAACACGACCGCUUAGGACGUGGGACUACGCAUUCGUGUUAUUCAAUUUGCUUAUUUAUCAUUUCGGAUAUGUUUAUAAAUUCAACGAAAUUUCAUAAAUAACUCUUUAGUAGAAAGUUUCGGUGAGUCUGAAAAAAGUUAUGGGCUACCUGAUUUUGUAGAAGCAGCGAUUAUUUUUUGCCUUUGCGAGAACAAUACACGAACUGGUCACAUGUCGCAAUUAAUUUCUUUAUGUCAAUGCACGCAUUGCACUGAGUAUUUAUCGCGCUCUAGGUGGUCUUUUUCGCAUUUGACACCCACACACACUCGGGCACAUGCGACUAAAUAUUUGUUCCACUAGCGCCCACCUUUAUUCCACAUUCCUUAACCCCUUCAAUAUAUCUUCGGCAUCUCAAAAAUGGCAAUAUUUGCAAGUAUCAAGUGUCAUACGUUAUGUUUUUUGUUGUUUUGUUGUCCUAGUGGUAUCGCGUCUACAGACAAUUUCCGUGCAUCGCCAUUCAACCAGCACCAAACAAGCAUCCAACAGAGAACGCACACGGUAACACACAUGUACGACAAAAAUGAAACAUCGCGAGAGUAACCGUUUGUAAGAAAACAGUUUUGCGACUGGAACGUGCAAUUAAAUCACACAAAGUAUUCCAGCAGAAAAAAAUAUUUUCCUUUGUUAGCCGGCGAUGAUGGCCCAGUUUGAUUUUUCCCUACAUAAUGUGGCGAAGAACAUUAUGAUUACGCCUGCUUUGUCAUGGUUCGGUUAGAUGUGUUAAUUGCAAUGACAGAUGCGCAGCGAGAAUAUAAUAUACGCUCGCGUUCACAGCUCGAGGGGAAACGAAUAUGACACAAAACGAGCAGAAUGAGCGAUGUUCGUUGUUUUGGUUAUAGAAAGAGACUGAAAAAUUUCCUCAGAGGAGAUGCAAUAUUUAUACGCUAUCGACAACGUACUUACUUUGCAAUGGUGUAUGUCGCAAAUAUUCUCUUUUCGUUAUCACCUUCAUUGUUUCUUUUCUCGUGCCUACAUAAGUUGUUAUUCAGAGCACGGUUAGGUGAGCACACAAAUAGACAGAACAAAUGUAUGGGAAAAUGGGAAUGCUUCCAAUUUUCAUCAAUUUAAAUCUUACAGAAUUUCCUAUUCGAUUGGUAUAGAUUUUCCCCCAGAGGAUAAUAAGUCUUCAAUCAAAAAUCUAACAGCGCAUCGUAGAAUCAUUUGUUAAUGGUUGGCACGAGACAGUGCCUAUAUUCAAUGUCGGUAACAAAAGCACUGUUUCUCGAUGCGUUCGUACGAAUGAUCGAUUCAAAUUUGUCUGUUCAUACUUACAUUCCAUUGUGAUAAUCCGAUUACCUGCAAGAAAACGAUGUAAUCUAACAACAAAACAGCAUUGUUCUGAAAG